AGGCAGCAGGCCUCCGGAAGGAGGAGGAUGGAAGCGUGGCGCUGUGUGAGGAGGGGCUACAGCCGCUGUGCGGUGGGAAGAGGCCGCUUCAGGUGAGAAGAGCAAGACUUCGCUCUGACUUUGAACAUUCCUUCUCCUGCUGCACAUGUCUGCUGAGGGAAGGCUACUAGGAGCCAGCUUCACAACUUACGUUUGUACCAUCAAAGGCAACUUCCACCUCCUGCUGCCAGCCUGAUCUCCCAACCUGGAUGUGAAGAGCCUCCUGUGACAAGAGGAUCCAACCUCUCUUUGACUUCAGGCCUUCUUUCUCCUGCUGAGCAGAUAUCCCAUGUUACCCUAUCACCUGCAGAGCCUGGGCAGAGACAGGAUUACGCCAUGGGAUAUUUCUCAAAGAUUUUGCUGGAACAGACACAUCUCUAGUUAUAUGAGGUGGCCUGGAAAUUAUUCUUGGGCUCCUUAUCCAUACUUCAGCAGUCAACAUUGCCCAGUCAAUUGGAGGCCACCUUGUUUGUUUCUACCUAAUAGAAAUCAGUUUCAGCACUGGAAUUGGAGACCUGACAACUUUGCACAUACAUCUUUGUUUCACCUUUCUAGUUACGUCAUGGACUCUGAGGGAGAUAAGCCAUCAUCAAAACGUCAAAAAACCCAAGGCGUGAUAAAGCGGCAUUGGGAAUAUCUCUGUCACCAUAAUAAAGAAAACAUGAAGAUCCUAGGAGAUAAACAUGUUGAUCAAAAAUAUAAAGAUGAGAAGGAAAAAUUUGAGUUUUCAGUCAUGUCCUAUAAUAUCCUUUCACAGGAUUUAUUGGAGGAUAACUCGUAUCUCUAUAGACACUGCCGAAAACCAGUCUUGAUCUGGGGCUUUAGGUUUCCCAAUAUCCUAAGAGAAAUUAAACACAUGGAUGCAGAUAUUCUUUGUUUACAAGAAGUACAAGAAGAUCAUUAUAGAAAAGAGAUCAAGCCAAAUUUGGAAUCAUUAGGAUAUCAUUGUGAAUAUAAAAUGAGAACAGGAAGGAAACCUGAUGGCUGUGCCAUUUGCUUCAAAUGUUCCAAAUUUACUCUAUUAUCAGCAAACCCUGUGGAAUUUUACCGCCGUGAUAUACCCCUAUUGGACAGAGACAAUGUUGGACUGGUAUUACUCCUGCAGCCCAAAUUUCAUUGUACUGUCUCUCCUAUAUGUGUAGCUAAUACACAUCUAUUGUAUAAUCCAAGGCGAGGUGAUAUUAAAUUGACUCAGCUGGCUAUGCUGUUAGCAGAGAUUUCCAGUGUUGCCCAUCAGAAAGAUGGCACUGUCUGUCCCAUCAUUAUUUGUGGUGACUUUAAUUCAGUUCCUGGCUCUCCACUCUACAGUUUUAUAAAGGAAGGAAAAUUGAAUUAUGAAGGACUUGCCAUAGGAAAAGUUUCUGGUCAGGAACAGUCUCCUCGGGGACAAAGAAUUUUGUCUAUUCCAAUAUGGCCUCCGAGCUUGGGUAUUUCACAGAAUUGUGUCUAUGAGAUACCACAGGUAACAAGAGUAGAAAAGGCAGAAGAAGAUGAUGUGACACAAAAACAUUUGGAAAAAACAGAAGUCCUAGUGGCAGCUAAAAAAUUAUCUUCAAACUUACACCACCAUUUUAGCUUGUCAUCUGUAUAUUCACAUUACCUUCCCAACACUGGAAUUCCAGAAGUGACAACUUGUCAUUCAAAAAAUGCUGUAACAGUGGAUUACAUUUUCUAUUCAACAGAAAAGGAAGCUAUUAACACACAGCAAGGUAAAAAAGGAACAGAAGUUGCUUUGGUUGGUGGCUUGAAACUUCUAGGAAGACUGUCACUUCUUACAGAAGAAGACUUAUGGACUGUUAAUGGACUUCCUAAUGAAAAUAAUUCUUCAGAUCAUCUGCCUUUAUUGGCCAAGUUCAGGCUUGAACUCUGACACUAUUUCUUUCAUGCAGUCUUCUUCCUUAUUAUUCCAUUCAAGGAAUAACAGUUUGCAUGCUGAUUUUGUGUGUAUAGUUUCUACAGACUUGGUGUUAAGUGAUUAUAGUAAUUUGUGAUUUAACAAAAUAUAGAUCUAAAGUUUUACAUUAAUGUCCUUUUUUUAUAAACUAUUUGCCAGACUAGUAAGAAAAUGGCAUUUUUUUUCAGAGAUGUAAAUAGUUUUUAUUGUAAAUUUCAGUAAAAUUGACUAGUUCUUAAAAACAA